UUGACUUUGCUGAAUGUCUCAGUCAGUCACAAAACGAUAUAGUCUGUAAUAGGAGCUCAAGCAUUAACAAACAAACCAAAAUUUAGUGAAGAAAAAGUGUAAUUAAGUUAAACAGAACCAUUUGGCUGAUAUUCGUUCAGUUUUGGACUCAGAAUUGAUAUACAAAUUGUAAACCAUGGACAUGAAGUAUUCACAGUUAGUUGUGUUUUUGGUGAUUUGCUUCACUAAAGUGCACGGGCGAACGGAAAAUGGGCAUUGUGAACCCACUGAACUCCUGCCCUACACAUGUGAGGUUCACUUGGUUGAAGAUGCUCAACAACCGAUUACUAUUGUAAUUUUCGACGAAAAUGCAUCGGCGAAUGGCUUACAAAUCAAAGGACAUCUCAAAAGUAUUCCAGACAUAUCGGAUGCAACCAAAAAAUUGGUAAAGUUGAAUAGACUUGAAAUCAGAGGUGUUGGAUUGAAAAGCGUAAGGGCGGGUCAAUUAGCCGCUUUCGAAAGAAUUUCAGAGUUAGAUGUCAGCGAUAAUCAAAUUUCUGAACUUGAUGCUGAGAGCUUCAAAGAACUUCGUGACCUCGAAUUUAUUAAGUUGCAUAACAAUGAAAUUGAGAUUUUGCCAUUGGGGAUAUUCGACUCUAAUCAAAAGCUGUAUUACAUUCAGCUGAACGACAACAAAUUGAAAGAGAUCCAUGUCGAUACUUUCCAUCAGCAUCCAGAUUUAAAUUUUCUUUAUUUAAGGAAUAACCAAAUCGAGGUACUGUCUGCGACAGUCUUCCGCAACAAUAACAAAAUGCAUCUAAUUCAUCUCGACCACAAUCGAUUGAAAGCUUUGCAUAACGAUACGUUUAAGGGACUCAAGGAUCUACGGUUCCUCGAGCUAAAUGAAAAUCAGAUUGAAAUUUUGCCGAAAGGUUUAUUUGACGACAAUACGAAAUUGGGAUAUGUUUCCUUACAAAACAAUAAACUGAUGAAAAUCGAAACUGAUCUUCAGAAGCUUCGAAAGUUAAUAAGUCUCAAUUUAACUGGAAACGUCUGCAUUAGUCAGGAAUGUGAAUUUAAAGGCAGGGAUUGUUUAUCUGCAUUGAUUGAAGACGUUCAACAAAAAUGCUCGAAUUGAAGUGAAGUUCGACUCUACUAGAUUAAACUGAAAAGUUAAUUUACGAGUUUGUUUUUGAAUCAUUUCUACUCUAAAUGAGAAUGAAAAUUGUAAAAUCCAUGGAGAAAUAAAUUAAUUAAUUUAAAAAAAAGUCAGUGAC